CAGGCAAUUUUGGCGACAGGGAUUUCGGCAAGGCGACCGGCACGUGCAGCCACUGGCUGGCUCUUCGUUCCCCGACGCUUCUCAGCUCUCCUACACUACCCGAUCCAUGUCAGCAUUUCGAUAUCUCAACAUCUCAUCGUCGUCUUGCUGCUUCAUCCGUAUUGAUAUCACUUGACUAAGUAUAGUACACACAGUAUCUGGUAGGCUCAAACUUGGCACCAGCGCACGUGACCAAUUGCAAGCGCGUCGCAAACUAGUACUACAUGGGUGCGAGACGCGCUUUGCCAUUAUCAACUAUUUACCUCUACUCCUAACCAACUCGCCUCACAUCGCCUCAACAUGCCACCGCCAAAGACUGUGUUCACAUCGUACGAGCGAAACUCGCUCAAGGAUAGAUGGGGUUCACAAUCAACGCGCCUUACACGUGAUUCAUUCCUGCCAUUCGGCUCCUGCCAGCUCUGUCUUCUUCCGUCAGUAGAUCCAGUAUGCUGUUCGCAAGGCGACCUUUUUUGUCGGGAAUGUGCCUUGACGAAUCUCUUGGCGCAAAAGAACGAGAUGAAGCGGCUAGAAAAGCUUAAUGAGCGGCAAAAACUUGAGGAAGAGGAGAACGAGUUGCGCGAGGAAGAGGAGGCGAGGCUGCGAGCGGUAGAAGAAUUUGAGCUAGUCCAGCAGGGACUUUCUUUCAAGGCGGGAUCAUCAGCAAAGAUGGUGGGAAGAGAAGGAGGCAAGAUCAUGGUGGAAGAAGAGCAGGAUCCCAAAGCAGCUAGUCAGGGCAGAGGCACAAAGCGAAAGUUUGAGAUUGACGAGGAGGAGCUGAAGCGCAUUGCAAACGAGGAACAGCGAAAAGCAAAGCGCAACCUGGAUGAAGAACGCAAAGCUGCAAAAGGCUAUCUCCCGAGUUUCUGGGUACCAGGCGAGACACCCGAUCAGCACCACAAGACUGCUGAGAAGGCGAAGAACACACCCAUAUGCCCAUCCAGUUCCCCCGACCAGCCUCAUAGUCUAUCCCUCAAGGGACUUACGAGUGUCCAUUUCCAUGAGGAAAAGUCGACGGAGACCGGCAAACCUGUGCGCACGUGUCCGAGCUGCCAAAAGGCGUUGUCAAAUAAUACAAAAGCUAUGCUCGCUAUCCCCUGCGGUCAUGUUCUCUGCAAGCCUUGCGUCGACAAGUUUCUCAGGCCAGAACAUCGUCAUCACCGCGAUGCGCAUGACGACUCCCCAGAACCAGAUUCGAUACAUUGCUACGUCUGCGAUGCCGAUCUCAGCGCCGCACCGGAUGCCAAAGAGGGAAAGAAGAGGAAAAAGAAGGAGCAGGCGCCUAAGCCGGGAUUGGUCGAGAUUCAGAGUGAAGGCACAGGAUUUGCGAGUGGCGGCAAAGCCAUGGUUAAGAGGGAGGGUGUUGCUUUUCAGGUCUAGGGAGAGGAAGAAGUUCAAAGAGCUAGUCAUUGGUAAUGAAUAUAAUCACGUCCUAGGUGGAUUUAACGCUCAUCGAAUUACCACCCAAUAGAGUAGAAUAAGACUCUAGAUUUCGACUUCCCCGAGU